AGUGCCGGGGCAGGCACGCUCUUUAUCUCUAGAAAGGUCUAUCCAGCGAGGUCACUGCUUGAGCCGUCCAGGAAGCUUCAUCAUCGGCGCAGAAGAAGCGGGAGCCUAAGACCCCCAUCACCGCUAUAGCCAUGAGCACAAUCGACGACAUCCUGAUGCGCCUGGGGCCCUGGCACUAUCCGGUGCUGGUGUUCUGCUUCUUCCGGGGUUUCCCGGCAGCCUAUUACGCCAUGUCGCUCACUUUCACGGCUCCGUCGCUACCGCACUGGUGCGCCAGACCACCGCAGCUGGCGAACUGGUCCACGGAACGGUGGCUCAUGGAGGCCGUACCCCCCACUGAAGUGAAUGGAAAGACGAUGCCCAGUCGCUGCGACAUGUACUCGGUCGAAGUCCUGGUCAACGGCACAGUCUCGAUUCUCAACGACUCAACAGUGCGCUGCUCCAGCUGGGAGUACGAUUUAGGGGGCAAUAUCAAUACGAUGACCAAUGACUUCAACCUGGUGUGCGACCGCGUGUGGCUUAGAGCAGCGUCGCAGAGCUUCUACAUGGCGGGCAUCAUGAUCGGAAACUUCAUUUUCUCCCACAUGUCGGACUGGUAUGGCAGGAAGAGGGCGCUUGUGUUCAUGACCCCGCUGCCCCUCCUGGCGAGCGUCGUGAUCUGCCUCUCCCCGAGCUUCCUCAUGCUCAACAUCGGCAGAUUCGUCGCAUCUCUGGGCCUCGGCGGCAUACUCAACACCACGUACACCAUGUCGAUGGAAGUGCUGUCGGCCCGCCACCGGGCUCUGGGCUCGCUCAUCUCCACCAGCGGUUGGACGACAGGGCUGCUGACCAUGACGGGGCUCGCGUGGCUCUUUCGGGACUGGAUGCUCUUCCAGGGGGUCAUCACGAUCGCUGCGCUCAGCGGUGUCGUCAACUGGUUUUUUAUCCCCGAGUCUCCGCGCUGGCUCCUUGCUAUGGGAAGAUACGACGAAGCCAGGAAAGAACUCAAGAGGGCCGUGCACAAGAACAAGGUGACAGGAGUCUCAGUGGAAGCCAUCAUCAAGGAGUUCAAGGACAAAAUCUCUCUGGACAAGCUGUCGUCGAAGCCCACGUUCACGGAUCUUUUCCGAUCAAGAAGCAUCCGAAUUACGUCCUGUCUCCUGUCUGCCAAGUCGGUGCUAGACACACUGGUGUACUACAACCUGACCUACUCGAGCAUCCUCCUGGGCGACCCGUACCUGAGCUUCGCCCUGGUUGCAGCGGCCGAGUACCCGGGCAGGCUGCUGGGCGUGGUCGCUGUCAACUACCUUCGACGCAGGACUGCCUACAUAACGCUCUACGUCUUCGCCUCCAUCUGCUCGGCGGCCGCCAUCUUCGUUCCGACGGAUGCCUCGUGGGCCUUGAUGUCGAGCGCGCUGUUAGCCAAGAUGGGCCUCAUAGCGGCUCACUGCGUCAACGUGGUCCAGAUGUCCGAGCUCUAUCCGACCAAGCUGCGCACGACAGCCAUGGGCUUCACUAUCACCACGAGCCGCAUCGGGGCCAUACUGGCACCCUUCACCAAGGAGCUGGGCGUGGUGUUCUUCUCGUGGGCGCCCAAGGUGGUCGACAUCGCGGGGUGCGCCUGCCUCAUCCUCGUGUCGCUCCCGCUGCCAGAGACGUUCAAGGAACCGCUGCCGGACACGCUGCACGACAUCAAGAUGGCCAAGAAGGGCGGGAAGGAAAAAAAACCUGUCGACUCGUACGUCGCAGCAGAAGCUCAACCAUUGCGGUAACAAAGAUGCAAAGACUGGUGUUCUCGGAACAAGUGUCACCUGGCGCGCAUGUAAAAUAUAAUAAAAA